AUGGACCACACCCAGGCAGCCAGAACCAUGGAGCUGAAGGAGAACACGUCCAUUGUCGUGCUGGGCGCCUCAGGCGAUUUGGCCAAGAAGAAGACAUACCCAGCGCUUUUUGGAUUGUAUCGAAAUCAGUUUCUGCCCAAAGAUGUGAGAAUCAUCGGAUAUGCGCGUACCAAGAUGGACCAUGAGGAGUACCUCAAGCGCAUCAAGUCGUACAUCAAAACCCCUACCAAGGAGAUUGAGCAGCAGCUCGAGAACUUCUUGGGUCUUUGCUCAUACAUCUCGGGCCAGUACGACAAGGAUGAGUCCUUUGAGGUCCUCAACAACCACUUGGCCGAAAUUGAAAAGGGCCGCCCCGAGACUCACCGAUUGUUCUACAUGGCUCUUCCUCCCAGCGUCUUCACAAUUGUUUCGCAGCAUUUGAAGAAGUGCUGCUACCCUCCCAAGGGUAUCGCCAGGGUUAUUGUUGAAAAACCUUUCGGCAAGGAUCUCGCAAGCUCCCGUGAACUCCAAAAGUCACUCGAGCCUGACUGGAAGGAAGAGGAGCUGUUCCGUAUCGAUCAUUACCUUGGUAAGGAAAUGGUCAAGAAUAUUCUGAUUCUCAGAUUUGGUAACUCCUUCCUCGGCGCAACUUGGAAUCGACACCACAUUGAUAAUGUUCAAAUCACUUUCAAGGAGCCAUUCGGCACUGAGGGACGUGGAGGAUAUUUUGAUGAGUUUGGCAUUAUUCGAGACGUCAUGCAGAACCACUUGCUGCAGGUUUUGACUCUCCUGGCCAUGGAGCGACCCAUUUCAUUCGACUCGGAAGAUAUUCGUGAUGAAAAGGUGCGCGUCCUGCGUGCUAUCCCUGCCAUAGAGCCCAAGAAUGUUAUCAUUGGACAAUACGGGAAGUCGCUGGACGGCAGCAAACCUUCAUACAAGGAAGACGAUACUGUCCCCCAAGAUUCGAGAUGCCCCACUUUCUGUGCCUUGGUUGCGUACAUCAAGAACGAGCGCUGGGACGGUGUUCCUUUCAUCAUGAAGGCUGGCAAGGCCCUGAACGAGCAAAAGACAGAGAUUCGAAUCCAGUUCAAGGAUGUCACUUCUGGUAUUUUCAAGGACAUUCCGCGAAACGAGCUGGUUAUGCGCAUCCAGCCCAACGAGAGUGUGUACAUUAAGAUGAACUCGAAGCUGCCUGGCCUGAGCAUGCAGACUGUGGUUACUGAGCUGGAUCUUACUUACCGACGACGAUUCUCGGAUUUGAAGAUUCCCGAGGCUUACGAGUCUCUCGUCCUGGACUGCCUCAAGGGCGACCACUCCAAUUUUGUUCGUGACGAUGAGCUCGAUGCCAGCUGGCGCAUUUUCACUCCCCUGCUCCACUACCUGGAUGACAACAAGGAAAUUAUCCCUAUGGAGUAUCCAUAUGGUUCGCGCGGCCCUGCUGUUCUCGAUGAUUUCACUGCUUCGUACGGCUAUAAGUUCAGUGAUGCUGCCGGCUAUCAAUGGCCCACGACUACGGCUGCACCACCAAACAAGUUGUAA